CUGUGAGAGGUGCUGUGUGGGGGGAGGAGAGGGGUGAGUCAGAGGGAGAGUCAGGCAGUUUGAUAGGCAGCCUGUGCGUCCCUGUUACAAUGGUUACAAGAUCCAGCCCUACACUGGAACACACAGACAAGAAGUAGCAACACAACAACAAAGGGGGAACUGCAGCUGGACAUGGAGAGCACACGGGACAGAUUCGGGCAGACGAUCCGCACCCCCUCGUUCUGAGCUGUACCUUUCUCUCCUACCUGUGUAAGUGCACAGAGCACGGCAUUUGCUGCUUUGUGACUCUGGCAUGUGGUCCAAUCCCUGUAUGCACACAGGCUGACUGGGGAGGCCGCUGGCCGUUUCUGUACCAGGAGAUGCUCAUGUAUGGCUGCUGCUGCCGUACUGGAUAGUUUCCCCUCUGGCUCCUGAUCUCUCUCCCCAAACUUCUGGAAAGAGUAAUCUGACACUGGCAAUAAGUGACUACAAGAGGGGCAAAAGCGACCCAGUCUGAUGUACAAGUGCUAGACCCCUCCUGCGAGAGAUAAUAUGCACGUGUCACUGGCGGAAGCAUUGGAGGUUCGAGGGGGACCAUUACAAGAGGAGGAAUUAUGGGCAGUAUUGAACCAAAGUGCUGAAAGCUUGCAAGAACUGCUGAGGAAGGCUGAUCCUGCGGCUCUUGGCUUCAUUAUCUCUCCCUGGUCUCUCCUACUGCUGCCCUCCGGAAGUGUGUCGUUUACAGAUGAAAAUGUCUCAAAUCAGGACUUGCGUGCCUUCACAGCACCGGAGGUGCUACAGAGCAAGUCAUUGUCUUCUCUUGCAGACAUUGAAAAGAUUCACAUCUAUUCCCUUGGGAUGACCUUGUAUUGGGGAGCAGACUAUGAAGUACCUCAGAGCCAGCCUAUAAAACUAGGGGAGCGACUGAACAGCAUUUUGCUUGAUAUGUGCGAGGACCAAUUUUUCACACGACUGUCUACGCGAACAGUGUUAGAUGGCUGUAGUGCCCACAUUCGCAACAGCAACUGUGCUCCGUCCUUCUACUACAUUAAGCAGCUGGUCAAGCUAGUUCUCGGCAGCUUAUCUGGGAUUGACCAAGUGGGCAGUAAAACAAAUGAAGUUGAUCGCAGUCAGAUAAUUCGUGACAAACUUAGGGGAAAAGGUCUUCCUACAGGGAGAUACCCAGAAUAUGAUGGGUUUGAUGUCAACCCUGGUAAAGUCUCACAGCAGAACUUUCUUAACCGAGGACUCAGCAAAUCCAUGGGUUUUCUUAACCAACAAGAGGAAGAUGAAUGCUGUACAUCACCAGAACUCGGUUCUAUAUAUGAGGAUACAACUAAAGCUAAUGCUGCUUAUCUUGAGCUGCGGACCAACAAGUUAGAAAGGAAAGUCAGUGACCAUAGUAAAAAAAAAAAUUGGGCGUCGUCCUUUGAUUUAUCAUCAUUCUCCAACCAAGCCACAGAAAGGCCAGUUAUAGCUGCAAACCCUUACAACUUGCACUGUUUUCCUGAAGCAUUGCACGGACGGACUGUCACUAUGCCUAAAAUGACAGAUCUCAGACAGUUGGGUGGAGCAAUUGAGGCUUCAGGUCUGCAGAAAAUGGACCAAGCAAGACAUGGACCAGAAGUGCCAACUUCCAUCGCAAUAUCAAGUGCUUUGGACAGGAUUAGAGAAAAGCAGAAAAAGCUGCAAAUAUUGAGAGAAGCAAUGAGCAUUGAAGAGCCUGGAAGAUUGCACAGGUCGUCUCAUAGUGAUGCCUAUAGUACAUCCAGUGAAAGCCCGUCACUUGUGUCAUCUGACCCAGAAUUUAGACCAGGGAGAAAAUAUGAAGGAUUGAAAAGAUACGAUUCAACAGGAGUCCUUGCUGGAGCAGAGGAAUCAAAUCGUGCACAGCUGCCUGGAAGUCAUCACUAUGAUACUCCUCCAGACAGAGCCCACAUCAGCCAAGAAAUGCGGAAACGACAAGAGGAAGACAUGAUUCAAAUGCAAACCAGAAUGGCUUUAAAACAAUCAAGGCUAAACCUGUAUUCAGGUGACAUGCCUCGAACAUCCAUGUUGGACAUUACUAGGGAUCCUCUGCGGGAAAUUGCCAUGGAAUCAGCCAUGACACAAAGAAAACUAAGGAACUUUUUUGGGCCAGAAUUUGUAAAGAUGACCAUUGAACCUUAUAUCUCAUUGGAUCUCCCACGAUCGAUUUUGGCCAAGAAGGGAAAGACAGAUGAGACACGUCGAAAGGUGAACAUCAUUCUUCUCAGUGGACAGAGACUCGAAUUAACAUGUGACACCAAGUCUACUUGUAAAGACGUAUUUGACAUGGUUGUGGCUCACAUUGGACUUGUUGAGCACUAUUUAUUUGCCCUAGCAGUCCUAAAAGAAAGUGAGUUUUUCUUUAUUGAUCUUGACUUAAAACUGUCCAAAGUGGCUCCAGAAGGCUGGAAAGAAGACACUAAGAAGAAAGGGAAAUCUGCGGUCAACUUUACCUUAUAUUUUCGUGUUAAGUUCUUUGUGGAUGAUGUCAGCUUUAUACAGCACAGCCUCACUUGCCACCAGUAUUACCUGCAGCAAAGGAAGGAGAUUCUGGAGGAGAGGCUACAUUGUGAUGAUGAGGCAGCCUUGCUCCUAGCAUCCCUGGCUCUUCAAGCAGAGUACGGAGACUACCAACCAGACGUACAUAGUCUGGCCUAUUUUAGAAUGGAACAUUACCUUCCUGCUCGAGUGAUUGAGAAACUGGAUCUGUCCUACCUGAAAGAAGAGUUGCCCAGGCUGCACAGUACCUACGCAGGAGCUUCAGAGAAGGAAACAGAGCUGGAAUUCCUGAAGGGGUGCCAGAGACUUCAGGAAUACGGGGUUCAUUUUCACAGAGUACUCCCUGAGAAGAAAUCCCAGACUGGCAUCCUUCUUGGGGUAUGUCCUAAGGGAGUGCUUAUCUUUGAACUUCACAAUGGGACACGGACUCCAGUACUGAGAUUCCCAUGGAGAGAGACAAAGAAGAUUUCUUUUACUAAGAAGAAAAUAAGUUUGCAAAAUACAUCAGACAGCAUAAAACAUGUUUUCCAAACGGACAGCAGCAAGACCUGCCAGUACCUCCUACACCUCUGCUCUUCCCAGCACAAGUUCCAGUUACAAAUGAGAGCUAGGCAAAACAGCCAGGAGAAUCAAGAAAUUGAGAGAGCAUCUUUGAGGAGCCUUAACAUCCAGGCCGAGUCUCUCCGUGGCUUUGGCAUGGGGAGAGCCAUCAGCACAACCAGCCUUGCAAGCAGCACAUUAAAUAGAAUGGCGGUAAGGCCUGUAUCCAUCCAACCUGACCUACUCAAAAGACUUUCUUGUUCAGACCUGUCAACUCUUCAAACUCACCUUGUUAAUGGACCAAGAGAAAGAAAGAAUAAAAACCCUUGGGAGGACCGACCUCGUGUCAUAAGCAAAUCUUAUCAUGACCUCAGUCAGGUAUCUCAGACUCCCCAACGGAGAAUGCUCAAUGCCAAAAUGGAUAGCCCACCAAAUACACUGGAAGAACUGAUGAGUCGAGCCUCUUUUCAUCAAAUGACAAAGCCAGAAACUGAGUCAGUGACUGGUUACGGAAAACUCAACGAGUCCAAGUCCUUCUCUGGAUGUAAUAAGAGCCUUGAUUUACGGAAACCUGAGUCAGACUCCUCAUCUAUGGAUGACAGUGGUCACGCCUAUGUUGUAGGUGUCAGUAUGCAUAGUCUCGGUAACCCGUCAUCUCCCAACCUUUAUAAAGGGAAUGAAAUCCUGCACAACAAAAUGAUUGCACCGUCUCCUGAAAGAGAAAUCACCCUGGUGAAGUUAAAGAAAGAUCCCAAAUAUGACCUUGGUUUCCAGAUUAUGGGUGGAGAGACAGCAGGAAAGCUAGACCUUGGCAUAUUUAUUAACUCGAUAACACCUGGGGGACCAGCAGAUCUGGAUGGGCGUCUGAAACCUGGAGAUCGCCUUAUAUCUGUGAACAGUGUGAGCCUAGAGGGAGUCAGUCAGCAGGCAGCACUGGACAUCCUCCAAAGUUCCCAUGAAGAUGUCACACUACUGGUAUCUCAACCAAAGGAAAAAGCUCUCAAAGAGCUUCAACUCAAUGGAUCCAAAAGUCAGUUUUGGGGACCUUUUCUUAGUAAGGACAAUGAGCAAGAAUCAUCUUCUGAGGAACAUAGAAGGUUCCGUGGUCAUGUGAGACUUGUUUCUGAAAGUUCCUCCGUGAUCUCUGCUGGUAAACGAGGAGGCAGCCUGAGUUCCCAGGACUCUCGAACAGAGAGUGCAAGCUUGUCUAAUAGCCACAUCAAUGGCCCCAUCAACAAUCUCACAAAAGAGCAGACAACAUCUUUGUCGCACUCAGCCAAAAGCUCUCCCUCUGUCAGUGCUAAGGCUAGUGAUAGGAAGAAACCUCAACCCGACAAUCGUAAAGGAAAGGGGAAACAUCCAGGUUUGACUGAUUCUACAGAUUAUUCGGACAGAGGUGACUCCGACAUGGAUGAGGCCACCUAUUCAAAUAGCCAAGAACAACGGACAACAAAGAAGGAGUCCCCAUUGGAGAGCCCACCACAAAAGCUAAACUGUAACAAGCUUUCAACAACACCAUUGAAACCUGGAGAUGUUUUCACAGUUAUGCUGGCAAAGAACGAUGACAGCUUGGGAAUAAGUGUCACGGGGGGUGUGAAUACCAGUGUGAAACAUGGUGGCAUCUAUGUGAAAGCAGUAAUACCAAAAGGAGCUGCUGAGGCUGACGGCAGAAUCCAAAAGGGAGACCGUGUGCUCUCUGUAAAUGGGACCAGUCUGGAAGGAGCUACACAUAAACAGGCUGUGGAGAUGUUGAGAAACACUGGGCAGGUAGGAUUUCAGGUGGUAACUCUACUGUUUGAAAAAGGACAGCUACCAGCUAUUAAGGUCCAUGCUCCGGUUACCCCACAGUGCACACCACCUGAUCAAACCGAGACCAGUUUACAGGGCAAAAUAGGUACUGCCCCAGCAGAUUACAGCUUUGUUACAGACGACAAUGUGUAUGAAGUCAAACUGGUGAAGAACAGCUCAGGCCUGGGUUUCAGCUUUUCCAGAGAGGAAAACCUUAUUCCAGGUCCGGUUGGUUCAAGCAUAGUCCGGGUAAAGAAGCUUUUCCCAGGCCAGCCUGCCUCUGAGAGUGGCAAAAUACAUGUUGGGGAUGUGAUCCUGAAGGUGAAUGGAGCUUCAUUGAAAGGACUUUCUCAGCAGGAUGUUAUCUCAGCCUUGAGAGGGACCUCUCCGGAAGUCACCUUGUUGAUGUGCAGACCACCCACUGGUGUAUUACCAGAGAUCAGCCCGCUUCUGCUGUCGCCAAUAAAUUCCCCACAGCAGAUUUUACCAGAAGAAAACCAAAGCAGCAAGUGUUCUGAUCAUUCACUUGUACAGGAGCAAGACAGCUCUGAUGAGAAUGAAGAGAUGACUGACGCAAGCACUAGGAGACUAAAGAACCCUUCUAGGAGGGAUAGUUAUAGUGAUAGCAGUGGGACUGGUGAGGAAGACUUUAUACCAAUUCAGGAUGACACUUGGAAUGCCACAGUCUACCAAACGCCAAGUGCCAUGGGAGCACCUCUCCACAAUCAGAGUGAUGCCACGGACAUGCAGGAAGAGACUAUCCGUUCCAGCUUUUACACCCCAGAACAGACUCCUUUCAAACCUCAGUUUGAUGACAGCAAUCCCCCUUCUCCCGUUUCACUUGAUGUGACUCCAACCCACAGCAGCAAUGUCUCUCAGGUGUUACUUUCUGAAGGUUGCCUGUCUGAUUCCAAGUCAUUCCUUGAUGACCCAUCACACUUCCAGAGCUUGGGAAUGAAAGACCUGGAGGAUUAUGAGCCAGAAGUUGAGCUUCAUGUCACACUAAGUAAAUCAGAAAAGGGAAGUUUGGGUUUUACAGUGACCAAAGCCAAUGAUUGCAUUGGCUGCUACGUUCACGAUAUUAUUCAAGAUCCUGCCAAAAGUGAUGGGCGUCUGCAGCCUGGUGAUAGGCUUAUUAAAGUUAAUGAUGUUGAUGUCUCAAACAUGAGUCAUACUGAAGCAGUGAAUCUAUUAAGAGCAGCUCCCAAGACUGUCCGUCUUGUGCUUGGCCGUGUCCUGGAGAUCCCCAAGCCACAGGUGCCUUCUCAUCUCCUGCCUGAUAUCACCCUGACAGGCCACAAAGGUAUCCUGGGUCUGUCUCUCUCAGGAGGUUCAGACUGCCCUGGACAGGGUACUUAUGUGGAAGAUAUCAAACCAGGGUCCAUAGCCGAUCAGGAGGGAAGCCUUAAACCUUUAGAUGUCAUACAGUAUAUAAAUGGGAAAAGCACUUUAAAUAUGACACUAGAAGAAGCAAAGCAUAUUCUUGAAUCGGCUUCACCAGUUAUUCUAAAAGCUACAAGGGAAGGAAAUCCAGUUGUUCCAAGCAAUAAAAAACUUUUGAACUCAAUUCCAAAACCCACCCGAAUGAACGGCUAUCCUAUUGGAGAUGGUUUCAGACACAUCGAUGACAAUUCAGAUGUGUAUGCUCCAGAGGCCAGAAUAGUUCAUGUUAUUUUGGAAAAACCUGUGUCUGGAGAGUUGGGAUUUUCCCUGGUGGGAGGCGAAUAUGGUAUAUUUGUGAAGUCCAUCAGUCCUGGGGGUGUAGCUGACAUAGAGGGGAACUUACAGGUUGGAGACAGAGUGCUUCAGGUAAAUGGAGAGAACAUGCACGGUGCUACACAUAGCAAAGCAGUGUCCUGUAUUCGAAGCUCUAAAGGGCUUGUGCAAAUUGAAAUUGCCCGUGAGCUUAUGCCAAAGGACAGUUCAUCUGCUUUUGACAAGUUUAAUGAAAACUUAGAUGAUGAGAUUAAUGUGAGAGACAAUUACAGUUACGAGGAUGAUGAAGUGGAUCAGAAUGAUGUUAUACAAUCUCUUCUUGAUGUUGUGCAUGAGCAGACACAGAACCUCCUACAGCUCAAUAGGCAGAACGCAGUUUCAGAGGAACACUACUCUGUGGAUCCAAGUGGGGAAAACUUGGAUGAGAAAGCAGAAGACACAGAUUGUGAUGGUUCCUCUUUACCUGAUGACUCUCCUGAGCCAGUCAAAGUAAAUGGUGUUGGAUCUUAUAACAGCAGGAAUAGGACUGAGAGAUUGCCAGCACAGUCCCACAUGGGGAAAAGCAAGGAUAUUGAAAGUGAUGGCAUGCUAAUACAGUCAAAAUCUAAGGAUCUGAUUGAUACUUUAAAAGGGAUAAAUGAAAAGCUCUCGUCUAUUUCACUAGUCCGUGUGCUGCCAUCCGGCCGUUAUGCAGGAAAUAAUUUAAAGAUGGUUAUACGUCAAAUACGCGGUAUGCUUGAGCAAGGUGCACCAGCAAAGGAGUUUGAGAUCAUUCAAGAUUUAAAGCCACUGGAUGAAUGUCUAAUUGGACAAACUAAGGACAAUAAGAGGAAAAACAGAUACAAGAAUAUACUUCCAUAUGAUACCACCAGAGUGCCUCUUGGAACAGUGGAUGCGUACAUCAAUGCAAGUUUUAUCAAAAUGCCAGUUGGCAAUGAGGAAUUCUGUUAUAUUGCUUGCCAGGGACCUCUUCCCAGUACAGUCCCAGACUUCUGGCAGAUGGUAUGGGAGCAAAAGUCCACAGUCAUAGCUAUGAUGACGCAGGAAGUGGAAGGAGGGAAGAUAAAAUGUCAGAGGUACUGGCCUGAUGAGCACGAUAGACCUUUAUGGAUAACUAAUGAACUUCAGCUUACACUAGUGAAAACACAGCAACUGGAAAGUUUUGUCCUAAGAGUCAUAGAGUUACAGGAUAUUCAGGCUGGAGAAGUACGACACAUAGCUCAUUUAAACUUCACCGCGUGGCCAGACCAUGACACACCAACUGAUCCAAAACAACUCCUCACUUUCAUCUCCUACAUGAGACACAUAUACAAAUGUGGUCCCAUUAUCACUCACUGCAGUGCAGGCAUCGGGCGCUCAGGCACACUCAUAUGUAUAGAUGUCAUGCUGGGUUUAAUCAGCAAGGAUUUAGAGUUCAACAUCUCAGAUUUGGUGCGAACAAUGAGGCUUCAGAGGCACGGGAUGAUACAAACAGAGGAGCAAUACAUUUUUUGCUAUCAAGUUAUCCUGUAUAUUCUGAAACGACUUCAACUAGAAGAGCAUCAAAAAGGAUCCUCCGAACCAUAGUGUCUCCUACAUCUCUCCAUAGAGACAUAACCCCCAACUAGGGGACUUUUAUAUACCAGUAAAUAAUAUUUAAAGAACAAGAGCUGCAUUUUAGUAGCUUACUUAUAUCAAGCUCGCCGGGUACCAGCUUCAGUGGAUGCCAAGUGCAGUUGUUUAUGCUGCUUUUUUUUUUUUCUUUAUGACAGAAAGGGUUGUAAAUUCAGUAUUUUAGCACAGAUACAGUAAAUGUGUUACGAUUGUAUACAUGUUUGUUAACAUGGUACGCAUGUAUAUUUGCAAGCAAUUUUUUCAUGUAUUUUAAAAAUAAAUAGUUUUCUAGUUGAUACUUGAACACAGUAUGUAAAAAAACUAAAUUUCUAUAGACCAAAAUGUAGUAUGUUUAUUGUAAUUAUUGCCUACAUUUUAUAAUGUUUACUUAUAUAGAGUUUUAUGUACUAUUUAUAUACUUUUACAAAAAACAAACAAAGCUACAGUGUGCCUGACUGUAUGAAUAGGUACGUACAUUAUUCAUCCUGUAAAUAAAAUACAAUUUAAAAUAUA